AAAGAUGAAGAGAAUAGGAAGAGAAAUGUGAAGUCAGGCAAUAGACUCAUUGACUUUAACAUCGAAGCUUUAGAUGAACCAAACAGAGACUACUUACACAAACAUUUCGGUAAGGUUUUCAUGAGACUCUUAGAGAAAAUUAAAAUAAACUCGCAACAGAGAUGGAUGGUAUGUUAUAAACUUGGUGGAAAGUAUGAAUGUUCUACGUUAAACCUCAAUAAUAUUGGAACAUUACUACAUCAGCUCUUGAAGGAGAACUUUAUAUCAGAGAUAGAAGCAAAUGCUGCAGGUAUUGUUGAAAUGCACUAUGACUUCUUCUUGACAAACAUAAAGAAUCUUACCGAAAUAAAGAUGUAUGAUUUAACAGAAUAUGAAGGCUUAACGAUGUCAGAUGUAAAGAAAGGCAAACCAAAAAAGAGACCAUAUAGAGAUGAAAGCACACUGACAAAUGACCAGAAAGCCAUUUUGGAAGCUCUUAAGCAAACAGGAAACCCAGCACUUAUAGAAAGCUUUUGGAAAGAUAAUGGUGAAAAGAAGUUUUAUAAGAAGAGAAGCGGUCAGUUCUGGAAGUAUCUUUGCACAUUACCUAUAAAUCUUGAACGCUACCAAAUCUUCAAUGAACUGAACAAAAGAACUGCAACACUUAUGACAGAGGACAAUUGUUUCGUUUAUGCUUGCAUUCAGGCUGGAGUAAAUGAAGAAACUAUUGACCACAUGAGAGAAGUCAUUCGUGUUAGAGACUUUCCUCAAAGUAAAGUACAAGAAAUUUCCGAUUCAACAGGUAUAGCAUUUAAUGUUACCAUUGGUUAUUUCAAUGACUCAAGACAUAAUGAAAUAAAGAGAUAUAUACCAAAAGAAUGCGAAACUGUUAGAACUAUUGACUUACUUCUUGUUGAAGACCACUACAUGCUAAAUGAAAGAUUACCAAUGACAACAUACUUCAUUCGAAACUAUAUAGAAAUCUUGAAGGAGUGUGGUGGAAUGAACAUUGAGAAACAGAUGAAGAUUUAUACAAAGAGAGAAGAUAAAUAUGUAGUUCGUUAUGAUAGAACAACACCGCUAUGGGAUGUUAUGAAAACAUUGUGGGAGUGCAAAUAUUUCGAACCUAUUUCUUAUGGAGAACUUUUCACAUAUACUACUGACUUAUAUAAACAGAACCUUGCACCAUUUAAAGAUUUGACAUAUGCUCCAAAGUAUUGUGUACAACUGAAGAAGAAAGCAGAGUCAAAAGAAGUAAAUAAAGCUAAAUGUAAAUUCAUUCCUGAGCACGUUUUCUUUGCUGACUUUGAGUGUAGUACAGAUGGCUUUCAUAAAGCUUUUAACAUCUGUUAUGACAGUGAAGAUGGUUCAGUGAGUGAAAGCAUUUGGGGUCAAAACUGUGCAACAGAAUUUUUGGAAAGACUUCCUGA